GGGACGCGUGGGUUGGAAGUUGGCCGUUGCGCUUCGUGAGCAGCCGUUGGUGGAGCCCGUUGACGAGGAAGCGGGUUGAGGGGUCGCCGUCCGUGCUUCAAAGCAGCCCUCUUAUUCCUUUCCCGGCUCGGUAGGGGGGGUCUCGGCUCGGGGCAGCGUUUGAAAGGGCUCCACACACCCCGCCCAGGUACCAACUGUUGACAAUGUCGUCAGGUGGUCCGGGGUCCCGUGUUGCAGAGCAGAAGCCUUUAGUCAACAAAGAAGAUGCCAUCACUCGUCUCCUGACUGAUAUCGAGGUUGACAUUCAUGAACAAGACAUUGAGACCGUCCAUGGGUCAGUCCAUGUCACCAUGUGUGGAACACUCCGGGGAAACAGACCUGCCAUUCUAACAUACCAUGAUAUUGGGUUGAAUCACAAGACGUGUUUCAACCCCCUCUUCCACCAUGAGGACAUGCAGGAAAUCACACAGCAUUUUGCUGUCUGCCACGUGGAUGCCCCCGGACAGCAAGACGGAGCACCUUCCUUUCCGCCUGGGUACAUGUAUCCUUCCAUGGAUCAGCUGUCUGACAUGCUUCCUGGAGUUCUAAAACAAUUUGGAUUGAAAAGCGUGAUUGGAAUGGGAACUGGAGCUGGGGCCUACAUUUUAACCCGAUUUGCUCUUAACUACCCUGAUAUGGUGGAAGGUCUUGUUCUUAUCAACGUCAAUUCAUGCGCUGAAGGGUGGAUGGACUGGGCCGCAACCAAGAUUUCUGGAUGGGCUCAUGCUUUACCAGACCUGGUCAUUUCACAUCUUUUUGGCAAGGAGGAGAUUCACAGCAGCCACGAUUUGAUCCAUACUUACCGCCAGCACAUCAUCAAUGACAUGAACCAAAACAACCUCCACCUGUUUGUCAACUCUUACAACAGCCGGAGAGAUCUAGAUAUUGAACGUCCAGCUCCAGGAGUAAAUGUGGAUACUCUACAGUGCCCUUCACUGUUGGUGGUUGGAGACAGCUCUCCUGCAGUUGACGCUGUGGUGGACUGUAAUGCGAAACUUGACCCAACAAAGACCACGCUUUUAAAGAUGGCUGACUGUGGUGGUCUUCCUCAGGUUUCCCAGCCUGCCAAGCUUGCUGAAGCUUUCAAAUACUUCAUUCAGGGAAUGGGAUACAUGCCUUCCGCAAGCAUGACCAGGCUAAUGCGGUCCCGCACGGCUUCCGGUUCCAGCGUCACAUCCACGGAAGGGAACAGGAGCAGAGCCCACACUGGGGAAGGUUCCCGAAGUCGGUCUCACACAGGCGAAGGGCCCAGGAGCAGAGCCCAAACUGGGGACACUCCCCGGAACCGUGCGGGCACAGACAUCGAGCUGAGUUCUAAUGCUGCCAAGACCAGUGGACAGUCGAGCCCCAAGUCGAUGGAAGUCUCCUGUUAAAAUGAUGCCGGCCUAGUCCAAACCAAGAUCAAGCAGCAGCCUCAGGCUGCGCGUUGCAAUAAUUAACCAAAGGGUUCCCCCCAUAACAAAUGGAUCGCUGCCCCUCCCUUCUCCCCAAAUCCAUAGGGACCAAUAAAAAAAAAAAGA